AUGUAUGGACGUCUUGUAACUCAAGAUAAAAUGGUAGCACUGGCUGCACAACAGGCAUCGGUGGGCCAAAAGCCCGCCGUCACCGAAGAUAUAGCAUCAGUGGUUGGGCUGAACAGCGCGCCGGUGGCCACCAGAAUAGCGCCGUUCAAAUACCGGGAGUCGCAUACCGCUCCCCUCCGCAAACUCAGCGUCGACCUCAUCAAGACAUACAAACACAUCAAUGAAGUAUAUUACGCUAAGAAGAAGCGGAGGGCACAGCAAACACAGGGCGACGACAACGCCUCCCAUAAGAAGGAGCGGAAGCUGUUUAACGACGGCUACGACGACGAUAAUCACGACUACAUCAUCAGAAACGGCGAGAAGUUCUUCGAGCGCUACGAAAUCGACUCAUUGAUCGGGAAGGGCUCGUUCGGACAGGUGGUGAAGGCGUACGACCACGACGACCAGUGCCACGUGGCCAUCAAGAUCAUCAAGAACAAGAAGCCCUUCCUGAACCAGGCGCAGAUCGAGGUGAAGCUACUGGAGCUCAUGAAUAAUCAUGAGGGCAACGGUACCUCGUACUCGAUCGGCAAAGACAAAAUCGUCUUCGAGCUAUUAUCCUAUAAUUUAUACGAUUUGUUGCGAAACACCAACUUUCGCGGCGUGUCGUUGAAUCUGACGCGAAAGUUUGCCCAACAAAUGUGUACCGCUUUGAUGUUUCUGUCAAACCCCGAGCUCUCGAUCAUACACUGCGACCUCAAGCCCGAGAAUAUACUGCUCUGUAGUCCCAAACGAAGUGCCAUCAAAAUUGUCGACUUUGGCAGCAGUUGUCAACUCGGAAAGAGGAUAUACCAAUACAUUCAGAGCCGAUUCUAUCGAUCUCCAGAAGUGCUGUUAGGCAUUCCCUACGACAUGUCGAUCGACAUGUGGUCGUUGGGCUGUAUUCUGGUGGAGAUGCAUACGGGAGAGCCCUUAUUCAGUGGGGCCAACGAAGUGGACCAGAUGAACAAGAUCGUCGAGGUGCUCGGCCUACCACCCAAACCCAUCGUAGACCAGGCGCAUAAGGCCCGCAAGUAUUUCGACAAAUUGCCCGACGGCUCAAACGUCCUCAAGAAGACCAAGGAUGGCAAGAAAUAUAAGGCUCCGGGCGCUAGAAAGUUGACGGACAUACUGGGCGUGGAGUUGGGCGGCCCGGGCGGUCGUCGACUGGGAGAGCCCGGCCACUCGGUGUCGGACUACUUGAAGUUCAAGGAUCUCAUCCUCCGGAUGCUCGACUACAACCCAAAGACCCGCAUCACUCCACACAACGCCCUACAGCACAGCUUCUUCAGGCGUACCUCCGAUGGCAGCACCAACACGUCCAACAGCACCAGUUCCAGCCCGGCCAUCGAGCAGGGCCUACUCAGUCCCAGCGCCAUGGGCUGCGCCGGUCAAUGUCCCACCGACUACCCAACUCAUCAGCACUUCGGCCAUUCAUUACACGGCUAUCACCUGCAGAACAGUUACACACAAACCGGAGGACCAUUUCAUGUCAUUAGCGACGGCUUAAUGCCCAACAGCUCGGCGCUCAACGCCAGCCUCCAUCACAUGGUGUGCUCGUCGGCGAUGGACUGCGAGAGUCCGGUGACGAGCACUACGGGAGGGAUGGCCUUAAACUUUCACGACUCGCGGCUCGGCUCGAAGGCCUGGGCGCCCAUCACACCGACCAACUCACUGACAUCGCCGCCCCAUUCGCUAACAUCUCCCACACUAUACAAUCACUCGUCGCAGACACAGCACCUGAGACUCAAUAACAUAAGCCAUGCGAACGGCGCCAACGGUUCCAAUAGUCAGCCCCAUCCGCACCACUCCUCGCGAACCGCACCACCCGUUCAGCCCUUCACUCGACAGCCGGCGCGACACCCGAACCAUAAUACACAACAACCGCCGCACACGCCAUCGGCCGCGUCGGCCAACUCUCACCAACAGUUACCCCACACGACAUCCAGCCUCCAGGUGGCGGCCAUCUCGUCGUCGUGUCCGUCGGCCUCAUCCACCUCCUCGUCCUCGCAUAACAACCCAUUGACACCAUUGACGCAAUCGCUCCAGAAAUCCAACUCAAACUCAAUGACAUCCCCGGCCUCCUCGGGCUCAUCAUCCGACUUCUCAGUGCCAAUGGACACGAGCGCCAACACCCCGGCCUUCGCGCCGGCAUUCGUUCAGCAAAACCCGACGACAUUUCAAGGCAUGACAGCAUUUCAGACGACGUCCUACCCAUCGGGCGCCCACUCGCUGUUCAAAAGCCCCGGCUAUCACCUGAACCCGACGCCCAACGCCACCCUCGGCUCGGCGACGCACGCCUUCUCACAGGUGGUGCCCCUCCAUCAGCCCCUCCACCACAGUCUCGGCAGUCCUGCGGUCACGUCAUCGACGUUAGGCCAACAGCAGAGACAGACGACCACCGGUUUGGUGGAGUCGGUGCUGAAGCGGUCGCGACAGAGCUAUACGUCGGACGAGACGGUCGACAGAGACGAGUCCUCGCCGAUGGUUAUGGUUCACGACUCCCUGCCCUCACUCUCACUACCCCUUCUGCCACCUCUGCCCACACCGGGACAGCACUCUAUAUCACGGCCACAGCAUUGA